CCAUUUUAGUUAGACCCUCAGAUGGAAGCAAGCAGACAAAAAUGCAAUAACCAUAAUAUACUCAGCUUAAGUUCCCUUUCCUUCGCAGCAAACGAAAAACUCUUCAACUGCUCUCUGUUUCUCUCUAAAUUACAGCAAUGGCAAGCAGCAUAUGGGUUCUUGUUCUUGCCAUUCUCUUCAUUUCAGCUUCUGCCAGUGUUCAAAAUAAAGUGACAGAUAACCCUGCUGAUCAGCUAGUGGCUGCAAUUAACAGCAAUAGAACCGCAAGUAAAUCAUCAUCCCUGUACAGCAACCCAGGCCUUGCAUGCAUUGCUCUCCAAUACAUCAAAGCAUACCAAGGCGAGUGUGGUGCAGUUGGGGGACCAAAUGCCAAAAAACCUGCCGACUCUGAGUUUGCUGAUACUUUUGCUCCUAACUGCGGUGUUGAGAUAUCAACCCUUACCCCGAUUACGGGUCGUCUACUUGGAUGCCAGUCUAAUUAUGUCAAGCCAUCAGUGGCAUUUUCAGAGAUCCUGAUGAAAAAUGAAAAGAGCAUCGAAAUUCUCCAAAGCAAGAACCACUUGGAGGUCGGUGCUGCUGUGAGUGGCUCAGAUGGUGGUGGACCCUAUUUUUGGUGCGUGCUGUUUAGCAAUGGGAAAUCAAACAACAGUUUUGUGUUGGAAGGACAUGUUGCCAAGAUAAGUCGACCUGGAUGCUUUAGUGGUUCCAAUGAUGACUGUAGUGGCGCCAUUGCUUUGUCCAGAACCUUUCAUCUUUGGCCAAUUGCACUGACAGGUUUGAUCGUGCUGGCUUAUGCAUUGGGAAUUUGAUGUUACAGUUGCUUGAUCUAUACAUUCUUGAUUGUAAGUGUGCAAAUAUCACAAUUGAGUAUAUUUUUCAUACUAAGAUUGUCAUUAUUCUUGUACCAUUUGCGGUGUGAAAUGUGAAUGCUGUGUGUUUUGGGCAAAGACAGAAUUAGCCAUGUUUUGUGAGUUUUGAGCAAUCACUGACUCAAACUUUUGACGAUGUGCAUAUAUUCAUUUGCAGUUGUAUUGGUAAAAGGUACAUGAAUUAUAGCUUCUGCAGAA